AUGCUUGUUCUCGAUUUUAUUUUAGAUAUUGAUGAGUGUUUGGACGAACCGUGUUUAAAUGGCGGUCAUUGCCAGGAUGGUAUCAACAGCUAUACGUGUAUAUGCACCGAGGGAUGGGAAGGAGUCAAUUGUACCAUCGAUAUUGAUGACUGUGCCGAAGAGCCGUGUCAAAAUGGCGCCGAAUGCCAUGAUGGUUUAAACAGUUAUACAUGCGAAUGUACUGAUGGCUGGGAAGGAUUAAACUGCGAUAUCAAUAUUGAUGAUUGUGCCGAAGAACCGUGUCAAAAUGGUGCCGAAUGCCAUGAUGGUUUAAACAGUUAUACGUGUGAAUGUACUUAUGGAUGGGAAGGAUUAAACUGCAAUGUCAACAUAGACGAUUGUGAAAGCGACCCCUGUCAACACGACGCUGUGUGUCUGGAUGGCUUGAAUAGAUACACCUGCCAGUGCAUAGGAGGAUGGCAAGGAAACAACUGUGAAAACGAUAUUGAUGAAUGUAGCAGUAAUCCGUGCAGCAAUCAGGGUGUCUGCAUCAACAAUAUUAACCAUUACACUUGCCAGUGUACCGAUGGAUGGACUGGUUCGAACUGUGAAACAGACAUUGACGAAUGUUCCAGUCAUCCAUGUAACAAUGAUGGGGAAUGCCGUAAUGAACUGAACAGGUACAGCUGCGAAUGUACAGAGGGGUGGUCUGGUACCCAUUGCGAAAUAAGGAGUGCGUGUGCGCUUGAACCGUGCAGUAAUGGAGGCACCUGUGUGGAAGAAGCAAACGGUUACACGUGUUCAUGCGGUACAGACUUCACGGGGACCAACUGUGAAACAGCAUUUUCAGACCUCUGUCCGACGGGUUGGUUCUACCAUGGACAAAAGUGUUAUUCCCUGGAAGGAAGCUCUUCUUAUGGCACGAAUCACGAUACUGCAAGAACUACCUGUAGUAACAUGCUUGUCGAUCUACAAGGCGAUGCCGGAGAGAGACAGGCAUCGUUGCUAUUGGUUGAAAGUCAAGAAGAAACUGACGCCAUUUCCAACAGGUUCCUGGGUGGAUACUUUAGACGGCUAUGGCUGAAUUGUAGUAACAGGUCCGGAACGUGGGUCUGUGAAAAGGAUGCUUCGGGGACUACUUCCUCUUACACGAAUUGGUACCCAGGCCAACCGGAUGCGAAUGUGGGCUAUGCUCUUAUUAGAAACAUAUCAAAUGAUGAUUCGACUUACCAAUUCAAAUGGUAUGACAGGGUAGACUGCUACUCCUACUGCUAUUAUGGUCCUUUGAUAGUGUGUCAAAUACAUUUAUGAUUAAUUUCUUCAAAUACAUUCGUGAAUGGUUAUAUCAAAAACAUUUGUGAAUAAUUGUAUUUAAAAAAUACAGCUGUGCUGUGUACUGCGCUUUUCACAGAGAAAAUAUAUAUAUUUGUGUGUGCGUUAAAGCAUAACAUAUAUUGAAAGAUAAAAACAUUUUUUUUUUCAAAUUAAGAGACAGAUGGUGAUGUCUUUUAUCAAGGAUUUAACUUAUUCCAAUAUUCAAAUAAGCAGUUACCGUGAAAGUCCUGUCCCAAUCCAGUUUCCGUGUAAUUUUGUAUGUGAGAGGAAGUAGGCCACUGGUGGCUCGUAAAUUCUUGAAAUUGAGGUCCCUUUUUAUUAACAGAUUUGAAAACUUAAAAGUUAAUUGGACAACUCGCAUGAACACGAAGACAACACGUCGUUUGUAGGAAAAAAAGGGGCUACAUACUGUCUUUGUGAUCUGGGUCCCGUAACACAAAAGUUAGCAAUUAAUUCAACGCUUGAUUUUUACGAUUUAUUGUGUGUUGUAGUCGAUGCAAUCGAUCAUGAAAAAACUGUUCUACGAUGAAUGCUAAGCUUUGUGUUACGAGAUGCUGCUGUUGUUGUAUAAAAGCUUCCUAACGACGUGUUAUACUCUAAAAAGAAAUGUCAAAUUGCAAGAAAUCCAAACUUUCAAAACGAAUCGAAAAAAAAGAAUAUAUUUAUAUAUAAAACAUCUUGCUCUUUUUUCAUUUCAGCGUAAUUAAGAUAAUUGGUUAAUCAAGUUAAUUGUGGUUAUUCUUCAUAAUUAUGUUUGGAUGGCAAGCUUGUACACCACAUUGAGAACGCAAAGAAAUUGUAUCGUUGGAGAGGGGAGACAAUUUAACAGCAUAACACUCGUACUGCAAGAUAUUAUGACAAACUUUUUUUGUCCCGGCAAACAUUAUCUUGUCAUUUUCCAAUCAUUUCGGAUUGUCAAAAGUGAUAAAAGCCAACAUUAUUUAUAUUCAUAACAAGGAAUACAACCAAAUCGCCAUAUACUGCAGUGCACAAUCAAUGAACAAGACACUUUAUGUAUGUAGUAUAUCAUACACAAUUAUUCAGAAAACGUUCUUGUUCCCACAUGGUCGUAAGCAAUUUUUUUUUUGUUGGCAGGACGCAUAAUCUUUUUCAAAAAUAAUAUAAAUUUUCACAAUUUGGGGGGCGAUUUCCCCCGCUGCGUAGGGCCAUGUGACCGGACAAAUAAAGCGUGUGUGUACGAAAAGGGGGCCAUUAAAAAGCAAAGCAAAAACAGCAAAGUAUAGGAUAGUCAUAUUUAGACAGUUUUCCUUUCCUUCAUUUACAAUAAUUAUGUAAAAUUUAUUAAAAGUUUUUAUAAAAUUUACAUAAUUUUUGUAAUGACACAUUGUUGUGAAGCCCAAAAUCACAAAUAGUUGACAGCCUAUAAAAAUGUUGUUUGUCAAAUAUUUAUUAUAAUCAAAUCUGCCAAAUGGAUCACAUGAGAAAAUCCUACAAUCAUAAAAAAAAAUAAAACAAAGGACUUAUUAUUAUUGUUGUAUUUUGUCUUAAUAGUCAAACAACAAACUUUAAGAGAUGAACAGUUACGAACCAACUUAACAGUUCAAUUAAAACGUCAGUUCCUUUAAAAAGUUUUAGGCACAGUCUUAAAUCUAUGUCAUCGGCAGAUGAGGUGUAAAUUGCUGGUGGUAAAUAUACAUGUAUGUGCAAAUCCAUUGUUCAAAAUAAGUUACUGCAUACCUCAUUUUUAGACACGGUUUACAUCAAUGUUAGAAUUUUCAGAUGUUUUGUCAGCAAUCAAAGUGUAGUGAAUUGAUGGAAAUAUGUA